AUGAAGGUCUUCCUCACCGGCGCAUCAGGCUACAUCGGCUCCAACCUCACGCGCGAGCUCGUGGCGCACGGGCACAGCGUCACGGGCCUCGUGCGCUCCGAGGCGAGCGCGGCAAUCGUGGCGAAGAACGGCGGCACGGCGGUGCUGGGCAGCGGCGACCCCAAGACCGACCUGCCCCUCAUCGUGGCGCAGGCGCGCGCGCACGACGCGACGUACCACCUCGCGUUUGACCACAGCUUCACCGACUUCCUCGGCGCGUGUGCCGACGAGCGCGCGGUGGUGGACUCUGUCGCCGCCGCGUACGAGGGCACGGACAAGGUGCUCGUCAUGACCUCUGGCACGUUGCUCGGGGCGCACAUCAUCCCGUUCACCGAGGCCGACUCGAGCGCCGGCUCGCACAACCCCCGCGCCGCGACCGAGGCCACCGCGGAAGCCUGGGCGGCGAAGGGGAACCGCGUCGCCAUUGUCCGCCUGCCCCCCAUCACUCACGGGGGCGACCUCGGUGCCGGCGGCUUUAUCCACCGUAUCAUCCGCGCGUGCCGCGAGGGCGGCGCCGCGGCGAUCAUUGGCGACGGGGGCAACCGCUGGCCGGCGGUGCAGGUCGCCGACGCGGUGGCCGUGUACCGCGGCGCGCUGGGCGCGGAGCCCGGCCACAUCCUCCGCCUGCACCCCAUCGCCGACGAGGGCAACCGCGUCGCGGACAUCAUGGGCCUCAUUGCCGCUCAUGAGGGGAUCGAAGUCAACAGCGUUACCCCCGAGGCGGCGGUCGCGCAGUUCGGCUUCAUCGGACACUUGCUCGGGCUGGAUAACCUCGUCACGAGCAAGAUCACCCGGGAGACGCUCGGAUGGACGCCGACCCAGCCCGGGCUGCUCGACGAGCUGCGCGCCGGCAACCACGGGUACGCCGUGACUGGCCUCGUGCGCUCCGAAUCGUCCGCGGCCAAGGUCAAGGCGAACGGCGCGACGCCGAUUAUUGGGUCCACGACCGACCUCGAGCUCGUGUCCAAGAGCGCCGCGGCGGCCGACGCGACCAUCCACACGGCGUUCGACCACUCGUGGCGCGACAUUGCGGCCGCGUGCGCCGAGGACCGCGCGGCCAUCGGCGCGAUCGGCUCGGCGUACGAGGGCACCGGCAAGACCUUCAUCAUCUCCUCUGUCGCCACGCUCGGCGUCCUCCACCCCACUUUCACCGAGAAGGACGAGGGCGGCCCCGGCGCCGUCAACCCGCGCUUCUUCUCUGAGCGCGUCGCCGAGAGCUUCGCCGCCAAGGGCACACGUCCGGUCAUCAUCCGCAUCGCGCCUCUCGUCCAGGGCCCCGACCUCGCGAGCUCGUCCUUCUUCCUCUCGCUCCUCAAGAAGGCCAAGGAGAGCGGCGUCGCCGCCACCGUUAACGGCGGGAAGGCGCGCUGGUCGAGCGUCCACGUCGCCGACAUUGCGCCGCUGUUCCGCAUCGCCCUCGAGAAGAAGGGCACCGCGGGCCAGUUCGAGCGCUACCACGCCGUCGGCGACAACGGCGUGCCUGUCAAGGAGAUUGUCGAUGUCAUUGGCGAGAAGCUCAACAUCCCCGUCACCGACCUGACGGGCGACGACGCCUUCAAGCACUACGGCAUCCUCGGCAAGCUCAUCGGCCUCGACAACCCCAUCGAGAACUCGGUGACUAUCGAGCAGACCGGCUGGUCCCCCAAGCAGCCCAACGUCCUCGAGGCCCUCAAGGCCGGCAAGUACUUUGACCAGCUCUAG